AUGAGACAGUUGAGGAAGCUACUAGAUUCGAAGGUUGUCGUUCGAAGUCUUUUGAGCAGGAGUCCUCUAGAUUUGUGCACGAUCACUCGAAGCCCGGUGAGCCAUCUGGAUUUCCGUCCGCUCGUACGAAUUUGGAUUCGGAAUCGUUGGAAAUCCAACGUUUGUCGUCCGGAGCCUGGAGAGCAGUCAAGUGCCUGCCAGUUUUGGAAGAUGUUUGAUGAAGAGUUGUCAAACUCACCUGGUAGCAAUCUAGAUGACUACCAUUUAGAUUGGAAAGAUGUUGUGUUCGAGCCACCUGUACUUGAAGAGUCUUGUACGAAUAGGUGUAGGAGCAGUGUUGAGUCUCGUAAGACUAACAGCCAGGGUUUUGAGCCGAGCUUUGAUGAAGAGCCUUGUAGGGAGACUGAUGGUUUGUUUGUGGAAGAAGGCUUGAGGUCAGAAGGUUGUAACUCUAGUUUGAGUUGGGUGAGCCAACCGUCCCCGCCGUGCCGUGCCUGCGCACCGGCCAUGACCCGUUGGAGAGCUUUGAGCCCCGGAUCGGAACCCCAGAUCCGACCGAGUCUUUGUUGA